AUGGCCGUUCCCGGAGUCCUCAUGCGCCUCUCCAACAUCACCUCCCUCCCCCCCGCCGAUCUCCCCACCCCCAUCUCCAACGUCGAGGCCAUCUACACCCUUAAGGCAGACGACGGCAAGACACCCUCACACAACACUGUCUACUUCCUCAGCGACAUCACGCCGCUUCUCUCCUCCGAGGCCCACUACAACGCCGACGCGGCCGCCCACCGCGAACUCGAAGCCUCAUCGCCGGCCCUUUCGUGGGUCGUCUGCUCCUUCAUCAACGGGCGGGAUACUGCGGGCCAUGGAGAGCCGCAGACAAGCCCUCGCGUGCCAUCCGCACCGCCUGCACCGGGAUCCGUCGUCGUCGUCAACGGGUCCACCCCGAACUGGGAACCUAUUGCGCUCGACGAUAACACGGAGCUAUUAAUGUACGCCGAGCAGGACGACAUCAGCUCCCAUGAGAUCUUACCGACCAUCGACGAAGCCCAAGCGGCAACCCCAUGA